AUGGUUCAGCCAAAGCAAGAAAUUGAAAUAGAACUCGAAAAAUACCAAGUAAUCAACCGAACUAAGCCUUUGCCUUUUGAAAUUAAAGACGAAGUAAACAUUAAUGAAGACACCCGCUUCCGUUAUCGCUAUUUAGAUUUGCGCCGUAAUAUUAGCAAAAAACCUUUAAUUAUCAGACACCAUUUUCUUCACCAAACAAGGAAUUAUUUAUCCAAGCGAGGAUUUGUUGAAGUAGAAACACCAAUUUUAGCCCAAAAUUCCCCCGAAGGUUCUAACUGUUUCGUUGUUCCUUCUCCGCUAGGAAAGCAAAGAUAUUACACUCUGCCGCAAUCUCCCCAAAUUUUUAAGCAAUUGUUAAUGGUGAGCGGCUUUGCUAAACACUACCAAAUUGACAAAAGUUUUCGCAACGAGGGCGCCCGAAGUAAUCGACAAAUUGAAUUUUCUCAACUAGACUUAGAAAUGAGUUUUACCUCAGCAAAAAAAAUAAUGAGUUUUGUAGAAAAGUUUCUAAAACCUGUCCUAAAAAAAAUCUUUGGCUACCACUUGAAAACUCCUUUUCUUACUCUAACUUAUCAACAAGUAAUGGAAAAAUACGGCACUGAUAAACCUGAUUUGCAGGCCAAAAAAUACGAAACUUUGCGGCACCCUUUCACUUUACCAAAAAAAAAAUACAUUGAACCUUUGCUAAAUGAUAAGAUUAAACCAGAAAAAGUAAUUUGUGAAGCUUUUGAUUUAGUUUGCAAUGGCGAAGAAGUAUUAAGCGGCAGUUUAAGGAUUUACCAGCGAGAAUUACAAGAAAAAAUUUUCGCAAUUUUAGGUUAUACUCAGCAAAGACAGGAAAAAUAUUUUGGUUAUUUUUUGCAAGCCUUGGAGUUUGCGGCUCCUCCGCACGGAGGUUUUGGCUUAGGAAUUGACCGCUUGCUAGCAAUAAUCCUUAAUUUAAAAAGUUUAAAAGAAAUUAUUGCUUUUCCCAAAAAUAUUGAUGGCAGUUGCUCCUUAACCGGAACUCCUAAUCAUUUUGAAUAG